ACAGAAGUAAAGUUGAACUUACGAACAGACCUUUAAAACCUAACUCGUUUGUGAGUGGAGGAGCCCCUGUAUUUGGCUAUUUCUAUACAUUUCUACAUGCUGAUAAGCCACCCUGUGGAGCUAUCAUUUGUGAAAGAGAGCUAUAAAGCUAUGCAUAGGCUCAGUGAACCUUACGUGGUAAAAAAAAACUAGUCUAUGUUAUUGAAUUAUUAUUACAGGACAUCUGUGAAAAAAGAGAUUCAUAACUCAUCGGAUUUCUUCCGGAUAAAUAAAUAUGAUUCUGAUCCUUGAAACUCGUGUGACAGACGAUAUCGCUAGUGGACAUCCGUGAUAAAGAGCUUGAUAGCUCAUCGGAUUUCUCCCGUAUAAAUUAAAAACAUAUAUGAUUCUGAUCAUUGAAACUCGUGUGACAGACGAUAUCGCUAUUGGACAUCCGUGAUAAAGAGCUUGAUAGCUCAUCGGAUUUCUCCCGCGAUAAAUAAAUAUGACGAUUCCGAUCACGGAAACUCGUGUGACAGACGACGUCCUUGCCGGGCGCCGUCUGCGACAAAAAAAAAAAAGCUUCAUCGCUCGUCGGAUUUCCUCCUUUCGGGUCCAAAGCAAGACUCUGAUUCUAAAUACUUGGGAGAUUCCGACCGUAAACACCGUUAAGAGAGUCUGCGACGAACCUCACCCAAGAUGGCCCCCAGCACGGUAGGAUGGCGUGCCUGGUUGGCCCCGCCGCCCCUUCCCUCACGCUCCCUGCACCACCCCUCCCGGAGCCUAGCGGGGACUUCCCGGCGUGGCUGGAGGCGCAGGGCGUGAAUGCGGAGGUGGCCCGGGCCAUGGACUCGGAGCUGGGCAUCCGGGACUACGGGGUCCUGCGCGCCUGCGUCGGGGACGGCCUCGUGCGGGCCGAGCUGCUGGCCGCGGCGCGCGACCGCCUGCCCUUCGGCUUCUACGCCGUGCUGCGGCGGUUCGUGGCGGCGCUGCUGCUCCCGGACGACCCCCGCGCGCCGUCCAUCGGCGCCGCCGCCGGUGCCGCCGCGGUGAAGGACGCGACGCUGGUGAGCCUGGUGGAGGCGCUGCUGGCGCUGCUCGCGGGGCUGAGCCGCGAGUUCUCGGCGUGCGUGGGCCGGCUCGACGCGAUGGACAUCGGAGCCCUCGCCGCGGCCUCGAGCGCCGGCGGCGGAGAGGGCGCCCACGGCCUCGCGGCAGCCGAGGAGGGCGCGGAGGGUGGCGGCGAGCGUCCAGAUCAGUGUGGAGAGGCCCAUUCUGCGGCGUGGAAUGAACUGAAAAGAGAGACGUGUUACACGAGCCAAGGUGAAACGAGCGAGGUCCCGGUCCCGAUGUGGCCAGAGAUCAAAACGGAGCCAGUGGAUCUCGCUCAGGGGCCAAGCGCAGUGAGCAGUCGCUGCCCGACGAUCGCGUUCGUCGGAUCGGCCUGUCGGCAGACUGUGGACGACGAGCUCGCCGCACUCACGCCAGACGCAGUCGCGCUCGCGCAGCCGCGGUUGGAGGAGGAAGGGGCGGGGUGGGAGGGGGAAGGGGCGGAGUGGGAGGGGGAAGGGGGGGAGGAGGAGGUCUGCGACGAUGAGGCUGUCAUGGCCGCCACCGCCACGUUCGCGGCCGACACGCGCGUCGCUCCGGAGCAGCGGAACGACCCGGCAGAGCAUUCCGCCGCCGCCUUCGCCGCCGCCUUCGCCGGCGUCCCGGACGCCGGCAGGAACCACCGCCCGGAGCGGUCGCGGCCGUGCAAGCGCUCGUUCUGCGAGCGGCGCUUCGAGGAGCCGGCGUACCUCAAGCGGCACGAGCGCACGCACGCGGGCGAGAAGCCGCACCGCUGCGACGCGUGCGGGCGCGCCUUCGCGCGGCGCUCGGGCCUCGAGUACCACCGGCGCGUGCACACGGGCGAGCGGCCCUACGGCUGCGAGGUGUGCGGCCGCGCCUUCGCCCAGUACGGCAACCUCAAGGUGCACCGGCGCACUCACACGGGCGAGCGGCCGCACCGCUGCGACGUGUGCGGCCGCUCGUUCACGCUCUUCUCGGGCCUCAAGUACCACGCGCGCACGCACACGGGCGAGAAGCCCUACCGCUGCGACGUGUGCGGGCGCUCCUUCUCGCAGUGCUCCAACAUGAAGACGCACCAGCGCACACACCUGGCCGCGGCCGCCGCCAACACCUGCCCGUGAUCGCUCGUAGCUCGUCGUCGUCGUUUUUAUUUUUAUUUAACCAGGGUGAAAGUGAACGGUGCAAACCCCUGUAAUUGCUCGCUGCUGGCGGAAGGCCAUCAGCACUAGAGGGAGCUUAAGGGAGCCACUCUACAAGGCGUUUUGGUUAGACUCUUCCAUGUUGGCCCGGACGGCCCAAUAAACGAUUUUGAUCUUUCUUGCUUCUGCCCCCCACAACCCCCUUACACUGUAAAAAGCUGCCCCUACGCGUCAAAGGAUCCGCUUCACUGCCCAGUUUUCGUUCAUCCCUUAAAACCGCUCGCUUACUCUUCCCUCGGUUACUCAAACACCUCUUCCCCGUCACUUAACGCCAUCCCUCUUCCCGACUUCCCUGCCCAUCCAUCGCACUCGCUCAUCGUGAAUCGCUCAUUGUCACUUUCAUCAUCUUCUUGGUUCUUUCGGUAAAGUCACGUAGAAGGGAAACAAUAAAAUAAUAAAAAUAUAAAACAAUAAAAUUAUCCCGACGUUUCGACUGCAACACAAGCAAUCGUCAUCAGGUGCUGUGGGUUUCACUCCGUGGAAUAUCUGUCCCCCCCCCCCCCCCGCACUGUUCUUCAUGCUUUGUGCUGGAUUCUGGUUCAAUAAAAUAGAGGCCGCCCUAGAAUGUAGCAGUGAUGUCGAGGUCACGACCUUUGUGAGCUGGCGUGGUGGGUUUUUCUUGCCGGCCAUGACGCCGAGCAUUGCCUGCGGGGAAAGAAAUCGUGAAAAGUGAAGAGCCGAAGAUCGUUCGGAGUCUUUGCCUACGACUGUGGCUUAAUGACCGAUCGCGUAACUGACCGGAAGCUUCCGCUGUCCAAAUAGUUGAAUUCUUUGUUCAGCGCCUUGAUCAAGGCGCUCUAUGAGUUUAAAUAAGAUUAGUACAAUCUAGAUUUGAAUUUUUUGUGACUGCAGGAAUCCAUACUCUUUGGUUCGUUUGGCAAAGUCACGUAGGAAGAAAAAUUAAAUAACAAAAAAUAGUUUAUCACGAUGUUUCGAUCGCAACACGAGCGGUCGUCCUCGGGCGGAAAAAAAAUAAAAAUACUCCAGCAGUGGAACUGCUGAACCGGCGAGAGAGCAUUUACAACACGAGGUUAUUAACCUCUUAAAACGUCUUGAUGUGUUAUUUUUUGUUUUGUUUAAUUUUUCUACCUACGUGACUUUACCGUAAAGACCGAAGAGUAAGGUGAGUACCCAGAAUGUUAUUCGACAACACGCGACAGCCCCAUCAAACCAACUUCUUUACGGGGCGAUAAAGGAGUAGCCACGUUCAGUCACAGCCCCCUUCUUGUCAGUGCCCGGCUGGAGGACGGAGGCCUUCUCACCACGCUGCGUCGCUCGUUCUGGGAUUUGUUCCACCGUGCGCUUCUCCACGCUGGCCAGCGAGGUGUUGGUGAAUGGGGCCAGGGAAUGGGGAGCGGCACCCGUUCACAUAGCGCUCGCCGCCGACGUUAGCCCUGGCCCGGGAAUCGAACUUGUCUUGAACCCUCGGUGCUGAUUGGUAGCGAAUCAUCGGCUAUUCACUCAGAACGGUUUGUAUAUACUGUGUUUCAUUGGUAUUGAACAAAGCGCGUUUGGCAAGAAUGCAUUUGUUUCAUAAUACGUGUAAAUAUAUAAAUGUGUCGUUAAACCCGCCACCACCCGACACACCCAAUUAGUAAGGUUUGUCACGUAAACAAAACGUGGCACAUUCAUUACUAGUGUAGUGGCAGGGUUGGCCACGAUCGCCACUACUCAUAGCCGGCAGUACAAGCGCAGGCCAGUAGAGAGCAGAAGGGAGGCCGGACCUGCUCAACAGUAAUGAUGGGCAAGUUGGCCCUAGGCAAUCCCUGGUGGGGGGGGGGGGGUGAGCAUCGGGACCAACGGUUGGGACCCCAGGCCCCCGGAAGGGGGCUGGGGGAUGAAGUCAUUCUCCAGGGCCUUCGAGAAGGUUCUGUAAGGGAAGGGAGGCGUGGCCAGGGGCGGAGUCAGCCGGGACGGCCCGAGUCGGUAUCGUCCGGCUGAAGACUGAAGCCCGACCUGGAGCCCUGAAGAGAGAAGAGCCCUGUGGGCAAAACCGAACCCCUGGCUAGGGUGAGGCUUGAGCUGUACAGAGCUUAUAACAAGAGAAGACUCAAGCCCCGGCAGUGUAGGCGCAGCGAUAGCCAGAAGAGGCGAGCUAGCCGGCUACGUAGAGCAUCGGGUGAAGGGGGCCGUUACCCCUUUGUAUUGUAGCUUGUUGAGUUGUUAAAUGUUAUAAUAAACGUGUGGGCCUCUAA